UAAUAAUUAAUAAAAUAGAAAUCUUACAGUUCAAUAUCAAAGGAGUCUCGAAUAGUUAGUGGUCAUACUGGUUCGUUAGUGCGCAUGCUCACGUCGAACGUAAAUGAUCGAGUUUGUCCUCCGCCGCCACCACUCAUCAGUGUUGUUACGUUGUUUGGUGAACGUUGUUCGGAAAUCGUCUAAAGAAAAUCUCGUUUUUCCGGUACAAGUAUUUUGGCGCGAAUCAAGUGGAAAUUAUACGGAUAAUGUUAGCGGUUUGUUGUCCGCCGAGAAGAUAGCGAGGAAAAGUCGUAUAACGAUACGGAAUGCCGGCUAGCACCUUAGAUCCCGUUAAUGCGGCGAUCCGCAGUUCCCUCUCGAAAACGACGUCCGAGGCUAACCUAGACGUUCAACUGGCUGGGGCCACUAAAAAGGCCCUUCUCGCCGACAUCGAGUUCAAACCCGCUGGAAGUUAUCAAACAACCGUAUUGGAUAAACUUAAGAAUAAAUAUAUUGUACUCAAAUCAACAGAAACACAACCAGUCAGUGCCCCUGAAAAAAUGGGUGCAGAUGAAACGUUGACCGUGGCAAAGAACGAACUGUACCCAUUAGAUGCUGUAAAAUUAGGAUGGAAUAUCACGGAUUGGGCUGUAGGCGCGGGGAUGGUUAAUAUGGGAAAUACCUGCUACCUGAACUCUACACUACAAGCUCUUUUUCAUGUACCUGCUCUUGUAAAUUGGCUUAUGUCGGAUAGACAACAUAUGAGUGAAUGCGCCGAAUCAGGUGGUUUAUGUAUAAUUUGUGCAAUGAGAAAAACACUCCAAGACUCGCAACAGCGUAACAUAAACUCAAUCCGUCCCUUCCUAAUUUACAAUAAGCUUCGGGUCGUUUGUCGCAAUUUAAUACCGGGUCGACAAGAGGAUGCGCACGAGUUCCUAAGGUAUCUGGUCGAAGCAAUGGAAAAGGCCUAUCUCAGCCGUUUUAAGAAUCAAUCCCAAUUCGAUUCUCGAACGAAAGAGACAACACCCCUCAACCAAAUCCUCGGAGGUUAUUUAAGAUCGACUGUGCGGUGUUUACAAUGUGGGCAUGUUAGCACCACAUUCCAGCAUUUCCAAGACUUACUUUUAGAUAUUAGGAAAGCCCAAACGGUCGAGGAAGCCCUCGACGGAUACUUUUCGAGAGAGAAAUUGGACGAUGAUUCGUAUCAUUGCGAAUCGUGUAAAAAGAAGGUUCCAGCCACUAAACAAUUUUUAUUAGAACGCCAACCUAUGGUUUUGUGUAUACAAUUAAAACGGUUCUCUGUGAGCAACAAUAAAUUAACUAAACAUGUGCAAUUUCGGCAAAGACUUGAGUUAACAAAAUAUGCGAGACAUAAACCUUCGGUUCCUUUGGUAUAUAGGUUUGUUGCUUUGGUUACUCAUAUGGGGCCCACCGUGGGUUGUGGUCAUUAUACUGCAGUUGCCCAAGCGCCAUGUGGCAAUUAUUAUCAAUUUGAUGAUAGUAUGGUCAGACCAAUUUCACAUCAAGCAGUAUUUAAUACAAACGCCUACAUAAUAUUAUAUGAAUUGGAAUGUCCACCAUUUCCCCAAAAAGCGAAUGGAUUAACAACAGUAGCAUCAAAAACAGCAAGUUCAACAACAAACAACACGUCCACAUCAUCAUCAGUUUCACUUGAUACAAUUUCGCCAUCUCAUCCAACCAAACCACACAUAAACGGCAAUACAAGUAAUAAAGUGUAUGGUCCAGAAUUGCCGCCGGAAAAACAAAAACAACUAGAAAAACAAGAAAAAGUUUCGCAAUCUAGUCAAAACGGAGCCGUUUCGAGUUCCGCAAACGGUAACUCCGCUUUGCACAGUUCGGAUUCGUUGGAAUUGUCGUCUUCAGAUAGCGAUAACGAAUCAGAACGGAAAGAUACAAAACAAGAAAAACGUGAAACUACCCAGAAAACAAAUAAUCAAUGUGAUAAUAUGUCUAAGUCAUCAAAAUUAGUAAAAAAUCCUGUCGUUGAGUCAUCACCUAAUCAAGUUACGAAAGAAGCGAAAUAUUCUUCAAAUAACUCUGAAUUGGUGAUGGCUUCUUCGGUGAGUUCUUCGACGUCGUCAUCCCAAUCGGUAAAAAAAUUAGUACCAUAUGACGAUGAUGAAAGCACGACAAGUUCAGAGGAUGUCCAAGAAAAUUCGAGGAUAUGCACAAAAGCUACAGGGCGUGAUUGGAAAGUAACAUCAACGAGCGAAGAAGUUUUAAGCGAAGGUAGUAGCAGUUGGGAGAAAAAGAAUACUAAUAACCGAUCCACCGUUAAUGAAUUAUUAAAAAUGUCGCACGAUGGUUAUUCGGCUCCCGUAAAUUCGUGGAAUGGUACGCGGUCCACAAUGGACAAGGAAGUGAAAAAGAACUUUUAUGAAAGGCGAGAAGAAGAUAGAAAACGAUCGUUAAACGAUAGUAUGGACCAAGGCAGAACGAAAUAUGUUAAAAAUUCAAAUGGUGAUAAAGUGAACCCAGGAUACAAUCGUGUACAAGAAUAUCAUAAUGUAAAAAAUAGUACAUGGAAUGGAAAAAAUAAUGGUUCUUACAGACAAUUUUAUAAUACGAGUGCGAAACACCGGAACAAGAGACACUUUCACCAUAAAAAUAAUAAUAAUUAUCACAAAAGCUAUCGCUUUAGGCAAUAAAAAUGGAGAGCGAAAAGGAUGGGGUUGAGUUUUCCCGUUUCAAAUUGUUUUCCACUUUUUAAAGUAAUUAAGGACGGGUUCUAAUUUCAAAUAAAAUGUUAUUAUUGGGUUCUGAUAUGAUUCACUUUGCAUAUCAUCGAUUAAAGAACCUCAUAAUAUCUAAAUCGCGUUUUAGAAUUCAUCCUUAAUAAUUACUUGUAUAAAAUGUUUUGUACAUUAAGAAUUUAUCCUGCUUUUCGACUUGAUUUUUAAUUAUCAAUAAGUAUUUUCAGCUUGUUCACUUUCAUUAAUUAUUAUUAUUUUAUUUUCCUUGUCACUUCUUAUUCGUUUUUAGUAAUCAUAAGCUAAAUGUUACUAUUUUAAACUUAGUAUUAGUUUAAAAAAUUUUUUUUUGAAAUUACGCCUAUCAAAAAAAAAAUAUGGCAUGUCUUUUUAUUUAAAUUUAAUGUCUUUAUCUGACUUAUUGUGUUGCAUUUAUUUCUCAACAACAUAAAAUAUACACAUAUUAUUAUCAUUUUAUUUAUGGUGUACAUAAUUUACUACAUGCUUAAAAAGAUUAUUAAAAAAUUAUGAUUAAUAAUUACUCAGAUUUGUACUAUUAAUUUUUAUUUUUGUUGAUUUAAAUCCUUUUUUAAAUCAUUAUGAAACAAUCAAACGAAUUAUUAGCAUUUUUAACUUUCAUGAAUUCUUGUAAUGCAAUUAUAAAUUAAAGGAAAUGAGGGAAAUAUUAAUAAAUAAAUCAAAAUGUUUCGUU